ACACCUGGCCUCCUCUCCCUUCUGCCCCUCUCUUCCUCCUCCGAGGACGUGCCACCAUUGGAGAGAAGUGAUGAGAAUGUGGAGCGAGGCAACUGGUCUUCGAAGACUGAAUACUUACUCGCAAUGAUUGGUUAUGCAGUGGGUCUGGGUAACAUCUGCCGAUUUCCUUUCCUGGCUUACAAAAAUGGAGGAGGUGCGUUUCUUAUUCCCUACACACUCAUUCUGGCACUCACUGGAAUACCAAUGUUCUUCUUGGAAACUUCCUUUGGACAGUUUGCUAGCCUCGGACCUGUUGCAGUGUGGAAAGCCAUGCCAAUCUUACAAGGUGUUGGGUAUGCUAUGGUCCUUGCAUCAACAUUUGCCACUAUCACCUACAACUGCAUCCUCGCCUACAGCCUGUACUACUUGUUUGCUUCCUUCCAAUCCCCCCUGCCAUGGGCAGACUGCUUCAGUUGGUGGGGUGCAGAUGAAACAUGCAGCAGGACUUCCAAAGAUCCACUCUGCAAUCUCACUCUGGAUGAUGGGUAUUUUGAAAUCGUUAAUAUAACAUGGCUGCAUGCAAACAAUGAAACUUGUCCAAAUGGAUCAGAAAUCAACAUUCCUCACCAGAGCCCAAGUGAGCAAUACUGGGAUAAAGUGGUUUUACGCCGUACCAGUUCAAUGGAUGAGAUUGGGGAGAUAGUCUGGCAUUUAGCCCUCUGUCUGCUUUUAGCCCGGCUAAUGGUUGGUGCAGCAUUAUCAAAAGGAAUCAAAUCUUCAGGAAAGGUGGUUUAUUUCACUGUAACAUUCCCUUAUGUGGUUCUGACCAUACUCCUGAUCCGAGGUGUUACCCUGGAGGGAGCUGAUAAAGGAAUUGAAUUCUACAUUGGAAGCCAGUCAGACUUCUCCAAACUGGCUGAUGCUGAGGUUUGGAAAGAUGCUGCAACACAAAUUUUCUUUUCUAUUGCCAUAUCUAUGGGAGGUUUAACAGCACUAUCAUCCUACAACAAAUUCCACAACAACUGUUGCAGAGAUACCAUCAUUGUGUGCACUGUUAAUUGUGCUACGAGUGUGUUUGCUGGAUUUGUCAUCUUCUCCAUCCUUGGACACAUGGCACACGUACAGGAUGUUCCUGUUUCAGAGGUUGUACAGUCAGGUAUUGGUCUGGCUUUCAUUGCCUAUCCAGAGGCCCUUGCACAGUUGCCACUGGCACCUUUUUGGUCCACUUUAUUUUUCUUCAUGCUCAUCACUCUGGGACUCGACAGUCAGUUCUCAAGUUUGGAAACAAUUUUAACAGCCUUGCUGGAUCAGUUCCCCAUGUUUCUACGAUCAAAACGCCUUUAUCUGACAACUGGCAUUUGCUUGUUAUUUUAUUUGCUUGGCCUUUUAUAUGUAACAGAGGCUGGGAUUUACUGGAUAAGUUUAAUUGAUCAUUACUGCAUUGGAUUGGGUCUCAUUCUAACAGCUCUGCUGGAGCUCAUUGGUCUAAGCUGGAUCUAUGGGGUAAACAGAUUCAUCAAGGACAUUGAGAUGAUGAUUGGGGAAAGGAAUUGGCUCUUCUGGCUGUGGUGGAGAGUGUGUUGGGGUUUUAUCUCUCCGUGUUUGCUGGCAGCAAUCUUUGUUUGGUCCUUAGCAACAUUUACCCCACCAAUAUAUGGAUCUGUUGAGUACCCUGUCUGGGCAACAAUACUUGGCUGGUGUAUGACAAUCUUUUGUAUUAUGUGGAUCCCCAUUGUCGCAAUUGUGAAAAUUGCUCAAGCUAAAGGCUCCACCUUGGGUCAGGCUGCAGUGGCUGGACAGGUGGCACUCUUGUGUACCAUGGCUGAAGAUGCUGCCAAAGUCAUAGUGAAAGAGGAGUUAGUUGAGAUGCUGGAUGUGUUAGAAAUUAUUAAAAAUGAGUCUAGCUCUCAAGGCUUCACCACAUCAUUGCACCACUUGAAUUGUCCUGCCUGUUACUGGACAUUAGCUCAUCUCUUGACUUCUGUAAAAUUUCUGCCGCUUGUGCAUCAGCUCCUGAUUGGGGUCCAUACUUGGAACAACACAGACGGGAAAGAUACAGAAACAGGCCUGAUUCUACAGAAGCCCCUAAGCAAGUGCAACUUCUGGCUACUCCUGAGAUGUGAAAAUUUAAGGGAACAUUUUUCGUUCAGUUUGUAA